AUGGCAACCGUUUCCAAUGAUCGAAUUCUCACCAAUCUCCAGAUUCUUGAUUCGAAGAACUAUGAUAAAUGGGCAAAACAAAUGAGGGUUGACGAUUGUGAAUCGGUGAAGCAAGCAUGGGAAAUCUUGGAGAAAGCAUAUGUCGGUGCCGUCAAAGCGAAGAAUGUUGUAUCGAAAGUAUUGCGUUCGUUAACGCCGCGUUUCGACAACAUAGUUGUGGCUAUUGAAGAAUCAAAGGAUUUAACAACUUUGAGAAAGGAUGAACUGCACAGUUCGUUAGAGGCAUAUGAACAAAGGAUGGAUGAGAGAGGCGCCGACAAAGCCAAAACGGAGAUUGCUUUGCAAGCGCGUUUCAAUGAGAAGAAUAAGAGGUCGAAAGGAAAAUUUGCGGCGAGAGGUAAAUCAAAUUUUCAGAAUUUUGGUUCAAAUGAUUCGCAAAAUUCAAAGCAUUCGACGAGUGAAAAGGGUGAAAGCAGCUCCAAGGAUAGUGGUCAUAGCAAUGGUUUCAAGAAGCGUGAUGUGAGUAAGGUGCAAUGCUACAAGUGCAGAAAGUUUAGACACUUUGCAAAUUCGUGUUGUGGUAAAUCGAAUGAGAAUCACAAAAAUGAAGCCAAGGUUUCUAGGGAAGAGGUAGAUGAUGAGGACACACUUCUAGUAAUGAUCACGGAGGGGAGUUAUGGCAUUACGGAUGUUCCGGGCAGCAGCUACAGUAGUGAUAAUUUGCGGGACAGCAGCUGUAUCAUUCCGGAAAAUAGCGAGAAAAUGCAUUCGGAUCGAAAUGCAUUGGUUACCGUUCGUGAUGGAGUCCAAGGGAGAGAUGAGUGGUACUUGGAUUCCGGUUGUUCAACACAUAUGACGGGUCGAAAAGAUUGGUUUGUGCAAAUCAAUCAAGCGGCAAAAAGUAAAGUCAAAUUUGCCGAUGACACCACUUUAAGCGCCGAAGGGGUAGGAUAUGUUUUGAUCGGAAAAAGGAAUAGUGGACAUUCAAGGAUCAAAGAUGUCUUGUAUAUACCGGGAAUUAAGUGUAAUCUUUUAAGCAUUGUCCAAUUACUUGAAAGAGGAUACAAAAUUCGGUUGGAGGACAAGAUUUUACGCGUUUUGGAUUCAAAUGGUGUGUUGAUUCUAAAAGCGCCGAUGGCUGCCAAUAGAACCUUUAAGGCUGAGUUAAAGGUUAUGGAUCAUCGUUGUCUAGCUACCGUGGCAAGUAGAGAUGAGUGGUUAUGGCAUUACCGUCUUGGUCACCUUAAUUUGAGGGAUCUAAGAAAGUUGCAACAAAGUGAAAUGGUAACGGGGCUGCCACACAUUAGUAUUCCAACUGAAUUGUGUGAGGAAUGUGUGAAGGCUAAACAUCACAAGAAUGUGUUUAGCAAAGAGGCGGGUCGAAGAACCAAAGGCUUACUUGAGGUGUAUGAAUCUUUGGACAUAUCUUAUCAAGAGAAAAGAUGA